UUGCAUAAUCGAUUUUACCGAAGGCGCCCGACCCUGAUGGUCCACGUACACGUCCCACAUUGCCGUCACGACGCUUAUUGCGCAAUACCCCAUUGAUUCCGGACUAACACAACCUACAAUUUUCCCUUGUCACACUGUGUCAGACCCUUGGGGUCGACAACCGCCUCCAUUAUGAAAAUAUUUAUUUUUGUUUUCCUCUUUGGAGGAGCCAUGUGCUACCUGCCUCCUGGAAAGGAUAACAUACUAUCCAGCAUCUUUCUUCGUGAACUUGUCAACCGUAUCCAUGGAAAAGGAAUUUCUGAAGGUGAUGGGGUGUCUUAUUUGGACUUUACAGAUGGGAUGCCUUUAGACGGACGAUCAUUAACCAACGGGUUGGAAGAGGAACAACUGUUCCCCGGAGACUAUGAUUCCAUGGGAGAAUUCAAUAUUCAUCCCAGCAUUCGAGAUCAGGAAUAUAUGCGACACAGUACUCUAUGGGGAAAGCAGUAUUUAAACAGCGAAGGGAGAGAGAACCAUCCCUUAAGACCUGAAGGUGUAAAGAGUAGACCACAACCAGAAUCUACUCUACCCGCUUAUUGCAGUCCUCCAAAUCCAUGCCCUAUUGGUUAUACAGCUGAACACGGUUGCAUAGAGGACUUUGAGAAUACUGCUACGUACAGUCGGAGAUACCAGGCUUCUCAAGAUUGCAUGUGUGAUACAGAACACAUGUUCGAGUGUCCCGGUUCUAAUGAUAUUGAUGAUGAUGAAGAAUCUAUGGAUAUUUUCGAUAAUUUCCGAUAUAAUAGAAUGUUAGAGCCAUCAAACAAGUUAAACGAGAUAUUUCCACAUGCCUACAUGGUUUCAAAAAAAAUUCAUCAAACUAAGGAAAGCAAUAACCCCUUUUUGGCUGGAGAAAAGCUACCAGUUGCUGCGAAGAAGGGAAACAAUGUAAUAUUCUAAUCUUUGAAGAUUUAUUUGACAUCAGAAGCUCUGCCUUCAAUUUCCAACCGAAUACGAAACCAUUCCGAUGGAAUACAACAGACUUUCGGUCGAAUUUGAAAACAGGCUCCUGGGACGGAUCACGAAUACACACAAUAUUUGCAACAAUCGACUCUGGCUAUGAAAACGGACUAUCCAAAGAACAAUAAUUCAUUUUUAUUCUACCCCUGUACGAUCAAAAAAAAGUAUAUUAACUUAGAUAGUAGUUGCUUUCAAUGUAAGUUUGUAAAGAUUGAACCCCUAUACUGUUAGAGUUAGAGAAAGAAUAAAGUUAUUGAAUCAGCAUUUCUCAGCGAAUGAUAUGAAAACUAAAUAACUCGUAACAAUGUUUGACAUAUCACGAUGUUGACCAAAAAAAAAAAAUAUAUCAACUUAAGUCAUGUUUUAGGCCCUAUUGAUUUUGGCUGAUCUCUAUGACAACAAAGAACCUCCGCCGGACCGUCACUCAGAUGGGGGCUCUUUGAGGAAAGCGCUUGGCCAAAAUCAGAACAAAACUUAAGUGGAUGAUGACCCUGAUAAACCUGACGUAAAACUUAUUGACUAUAGCAUAAAGCAUUUCCCCUAAACUAAGUUAGAAUGCAUGUAGGGUGGUUAUAAUAACAUAAUAAUAAAAUCUAACUCUCUCUUGUGUUUAUAGGCUGUUAACAAUAAAAACUUAUAUUUAUUGGUGUUUUAAAUAUUUAUGAAUGUUAUUAUAGUUAAGUGGUUAACCAUUUUACCAACUGAGGCUUCUUGAUUGGUUAAAUAAAACAACAGGCACUGAAAAAAAUUUCUGUAUUUACCAUAAUCUGGUAUGGAAUAAAUGUAUUCUCUUAUUGCAGU